AUGUCAUCCACAAUACAAAACAUUUUACAAGAAUCACAAUCAGAAAACUCGCAGUGGAUAACCGAUUUACCAGAUCCAGAGUUGAAGGAGACAACUGGUUCACCAGACUUCCAUUCUGCAAAAACAUCAAUUGCAAGUACACCUACUACUGAUUAUUUUCCAGACAGUGAUGAAGAAAUGUAUGACGAUGAACCAAGUGAUCUUCCAGCAAUUCCAAUAAAUUAUAAUAGAGGUCGACGAACAUCGGUUAGUGCUGAAUCGAUGGCUCCUAGUGAAGACAAAGAUUAUGUCAAGAUUGUCGUUCCAAAAGCAGAACAACAAAGACAAAGAAUAGAGGCAUCAAUUGCUAAUAAUUUUUUAUUUAAAAAUCUUGAUGAAGAACAAUAUAAAGAUGUCAUUGAUGCCAUGGCGGAAAAAAGAGUUUAUAGAGGCGAAGAAAUUAUUAAACAAGGUGGAAUUGGAGAUUUUUUCUAUGUUGUAGAGAUUGGUAGUUUCGAUGUUUAUGUUUCAAAAUGUGGUGCACCGCCAGAGCAAGUAACUCAAUAUGGUCCAGGUGGUAGUUUUGGUGAAUUGGCAUUAAUGUAUAACGCACCACGAGCUGCUACAGUUAUUGCUACUUCAGAUUCGGUUCUUUGGGCACUUGAUAGAGUGACAUUUCGUAGAAUUUUAAUGGAAAACACUUCUCGUAAACGACGAAUGUAUGAAUCAUUCCUUGAGGAAGUUCCACUUCUUAUGUCACUGGAAUCUUACGAAAGACAUAAAAUUGCUGAUGCAUUAGAAUCUUUAUAUUAUGAAGACGGCGAACUAGUUAUUGAACAGGGAGAUAUUGGUAAUAAUUUCUAUCUUAUAGAAUUUGGCGAUGCUAGAGUAACAAAAUUUGAUGAUGAUGGUAUUGAACAUGAAUUGCCAGGAUUGAAAAAAGGGGAUUAUUUUGGGGAACUUGCUUUGCUUAAUAACAAACCAAGAGCAGUUAACAUUCGCGCAAAAGGUAGAUUAAAGGUUGCCACGUUGGGUAAAAAGGCCUUUGUUCGUUUAUUAGGACCUGUCGUGGACAUCUUGAAAAGAAAUGGUGACAAUUAUGAAACCAUCACACAACACUCUCCUGAAUUAGAAAUAGAUCAAUUAAGAACUGAACGAGCCAAGAAACGUUAUGUCUCGGAGUUUUUAUCGUCAGAAUUAACUGCAUUAUCCUUACAGAAUGAUGAAGAUUGUAAAGUUGAUAUUAUGGAUAUUGAAAUAGAUCCAAUUGAUCCCAAAAAUGUUUCUUCAUCACCACCAAGAAGAAAACAUGUUGUAAUGUUACCUCUUGAAAUAAAACGAUCAAUAAAAAAGAUACCUAAAGAAUUAUUAAUUCCUAUAUCUGAUAAUCCAAUUAGAACAUUAGUCUUGUAUCAGCCAUCACCUUGGUUACCUCUUGAAUCAAAUGAAUCAAAUGAAUCAAAUGAAUCAAGUGAUCAAAUGAAUGUUGAAAUUGUAGAAAAUAUCAAAGAGGUUAACAUAAUCAAAGACGAUCAUGAUGUUAAUAAUAAAAAAGAGGAAAUGGAAUUUUCAAUUUAUACUCUUAGAGAAAUACUGUCUACAACUGGAUCAACUGAAUCUACAAUUAAAGCAAUGACUUCAUUACAUGCAAAACUUUAUUUGAACAAGGCAUUGACCACAAGGUCACAAAAAGAAAGAGAAACUUUGCAUUGA